UGUUUGUGUUAUUGAAUUUCUUGAUUACUUUACAGAUCGUGUUUAUAUCUAUACUAUCUGUAAUUGCGUUCUUCGAUUGUGAGUUUAGAAGUGAAGUAAAGAACAGCUUAGGUUAGAGGAUUUAGUGUAGCCGUAGUUACUGUACCGAGCAGGAGCUUACAUUACAUGUACAUUACAUUUCUUGUAUUUUCUCAGCGAUUGUGAUAACAUGAUGAACGGAUAAAUUUAUACCUUGAUAAUGUUCAAGAUGGAUCAUACAAAGCUCCAGAAAAUGGCUGGUGCGGUUCGCACUGGUGGAAAAGGUAGCGUGAGAAGGAAGAAGAAGGCUGUUCACAAGACAACUACCACAGACGAUAAACGGCUUCAAAGUACCUUGAAGAGAAUAGGAGUUAAUGCAAUUCCUGCUAUUGAGGAAGUCAACAUUUUCAAGGAUGAUGUAGUUAUUCAAUUUACUAACCCGAAGGUUCAGGCUUCCAUUGCGGCAAACACAUGGGUUGUUAGUGGUUCUCCUCAAACGAAAAAAUUGCAAGAUAUCCUGCCCGGAAUUAUCAACCAAUUGGGACCCGAUAACUUGGACAACUUGAGGAAGUUGGCCGAGCAGUUCCAGAAGCAAGCACCUGGAGCAGGUGCCGGUGCUGCAGCAGCAGCAGCAGCAGCAGCUGCCAAUGGUGAGGAUGAUGAUGAUGAUGUUCCCGACCUUGUCGAAGGGCAGACCUUCGAAGCUGCUGCAGAAGAGAAGCAAGCCUCUUAGAUAGAGGAGCUCCCAGAUGAUUUUGUUUAGCUUUUCUUGUUUUUUUUUUCUUCUUUACAUAAUUUAAAAAUGUUUGGGAAGAGUUCCAUUUUUCUCCGUGUAUUUGUUUUUGCUAAUCUUUGUUCCCCCCUCCACCUUGCUCACAUGUAACUUCCCCGAUGAAUGGAUUUUCGAUUGCCUGCCCGGCCCCCUCCCCCUUCAACUGCCAGCCUUAAUUCCUCUGAGUAAUGUUUUCCAUAUUUAAUGUGCGGAAUUUAUAGGAAAAAUAUGGGGAUUAAAGUUUUAAGGUCAACUUUUGUAUUCGAAUAUGUUAAGGUAUGCUUAUUAAGUAGUCAUUUCCCCCUCU